GGGACGGUCUACUUUACUCCAGUGGGACAGGCACCUUCGUAGUUUGUUGAAAUAUUGUCAAAUGUGGUAUUAAUUGCUUUGUUAUCCUCUUCAUCUAUAAAUACACACAUCUGGGAUAUCUCACAUCACGGCAUUUCCUAGUGCUCAUAAACUUUAAGUUUCUAUCAAUAUCUUGUAGUUCAAUUCAAACUUCUAAGCAGCAUGGGGGCACUCACUUUCACAGAGGAGUUUACUAGCACUGUCCAGCCAGGAAGGUUGUUCAAGGCUUUGAUCCUUGAUGCUCCAAACCUCAUUCCCAAACUGAUGCCUGAGGCCAUUAAGAAUGUUCAAUUGGUUGAAGGGAAUGGAGGUCCUGGAAGCAUUCAGGAGAUAACCAUUGCUGAAGGUGAUAAGAUCAAACACUUGAAGCAUAGAAUUGAUGCAAUUGACCCUGAGAAAUUGACUUACAGCUACGCAGUGAUUGAGGGGGAUGGUGCACUGGAAAAAGUGGAUUCAAUUUCACAUGAGAUUAAGUUCGAGGCCACUGAAGAGGGAGGUUCCAAGACCAAGAAUGUCAGCACUUAUCAGCCCAAAGCAGGGGUUGAUGUCAAAGAGGAGGAUUUCAAGGCUGCAAAGGAAGAAGGCUUGGCUCUCCUCAAGGCAGUGGAUGCUUAUCUUGUGGCAAACCCAGAGGCCUAUGCGGGAGGAACAACUUUUACAUAUGAUUAUUCCUCCGCUGUUGCUCCAUCACGCAUGUUCAAGGCCUUGAUCACUGACUCAAGAACUUUGCUUCCAAAGCUCUUACCACAGUUCAUAAAAGAGGUCAACGUGAUCCAAGGAGAUGGAGAAGCUGGAAGCAUUGAGCAAGUUAACUUUUCUGAAGCUAGCCCCUUCAAAUAUGUGAAAUACAGGAUUGAUGAGGUUGAUAAGGAGAAAUUAGAGUGCAAAUACGCUAUGAUUGAAGGGGGUCCAUUGGGGGAAAAGCUUGAGUCCAUAGCUUAUGAGGUCAAAUUUGAGGCCACAAGUGAUGGUGGUUGCCUCUGUAAAAUGACAAGCAAAUACAAUGUCAUAGGGGAUUUUGAAGUCAAAGAAGAAGAGAUAAAGGAAGGAAGAGAAAGCUCUCUUGGAGUCUGUAAAGUGGUGGAAGCCUAUCUGCUUCAGAAUCCACAAGUCUAUGCUUAAAUUUUCAUCUGUUUAUGUUAAUGAUAUUCAAUUUAUUCA